ACUGCAGACACAGUACAGGAGAUGGCCAGAGACUGCUGACACAGUACAGGGGAUGACCAGAGACUGCUGACACAGUACAGGAGAUGACCAGAGACUGUGGACACAGUACAGGAGAUGACCAGAGACUGCGGACACAGUACAGGAGAUGACUAGAGACUGCAGACAUAGUACAGGGAAUGGCCAGAGACUGCAGACAGUACAGGAGAUGACCAGAGACUGUGGACAUAGUACAGGGAAUGACCAGGGACUGCAGACAGUACAGGAGAUGACCAGAGACUGCAGACAGUACAGGAGAUGACCAGAGACUGCGGACAACAGUACAGGAGAUGACCAGAGCCUGCGGAC